GAGAUUGCGCAUCUACUUUCCGCGUCAUUUUCUUAGUCUCUUAGGGCCGGAGCACGACUUUAAAUGAAGGGGACAUCUGGGAGCUCAGUCCAAACAUCCAAUCCCGCCCCAUCUUCCUCAAGUUUGUCACUCUGCCGUGCGUGCCAUUAACACGUUCAUUUCACCUUCGUUCAAGCCGUUUUCAGUCAGAAGACAUUGUUGGGGAAGCUGUGGAGCGCGAACUCUUUUGAUAUGAGCAUGGAUCUUGUUUUAACACUUUCCAGUGUCAUGUUCACCUACGCAGGGCCGUUCUUUAUGAAGCGGAUAUUGGAUGCCGUCGACACCGAUAAUGAGACCCAGAAGGACAGGGCUAGUGCCUACAUAUAUGCAGUUCUCAUGCUGCUUUGUUCAGUCGGCAAGGCGCAAUGUGAUGUUCAGCAUCUGUGGCUCGGACGUCGGGCCGCAACGCGAGCUCGAUCGGAGCUGAUGGCAUCGAUCUACGACAAAGCUUUGAAACGCAAAGAUUUCAGCGGAGUGGUAGAUGAAGAAAAGGCCAAGGAGGCAGCCGAGAAGAAGAAGGCAGCUGAAGUUGACUCCUCGACACUGACCAAAGCGGAGAAGAAGGCACAGGCAAAGGCGGCAGCGGCAAAGGCGGCCAAAGCGGAUGACCCCAAGGCGGGUGCCGCUGACACGGGCAAGAUCGUGAAUCUUAUGGCUGGCGAUGCGAAUCGCGUGGCUAACCAAAUCAGCGGGCUGUACAUGCUAUACGGUGCACCCAUGGAAAUUAUCAUUGGGUCGAUCUUCUUGUACCAGCUUUUAGGUCUUUCCGCAUUCGCGGGCUUCGUCGUGCUCUUGCUAGGCUGGCCCUUGAACAGCUUCUUGACACGACGCAGCAUCCGGAUCCAGAAAGGCGUGCUGAAAGCAAAGGAUGGCCGUAUGCAGGUCUUGACAGAACUCAUCCAGGCUGUCAAGUUCAUCAAGUUCUUUGCCUGGGAGCAGCGUUGGAUUGAGCGCGCCAUGAAAGCCAGAGAGGGAGAGAUCAACUGGAUGAUCAAAGCGCGGCUGAACGGCAUCGGCUUCUACUGCUUGUGGAUUACCGCACCCAUCUUCAUCUCUGUCAUUUCUUUCUUCACGUAUGUGAUGCUCGGUAACGAGCUCACCAUCGGAACAGCCUUCACAGCUAUUGCUCUCUUCGGCAUGAUUCGUCAGCCUCUGAACAUCCUUCCAACGUUCAUUGUGCAAGUUCUCCAGACUCGAGUGGCUCUCAACCGGAUAGCUGUAUACCUGGAGGAAGACGAAGUCCCUGAGCAGGUUUCGUCGCUCAAAGGUACCGCACGGAACACCUACAGCGACGAUGGGGACAACCGACUUGGAUUCGACCAUGCUUCUUUCAAGUGGAACGAGGUUGAGGCCAAAGAAACUGAUGCCAAGAAGAAGCCUUCCGACACGGAUUCGAUUGUCACAGCUACAGGCUCGGACAAUGGCGUGUCCGAUCAUAGAUUCGAGUUGAGAGACGUCAGUCUGACUUUCCCGGAGGGCCAGUUGACCGUCGUAACUGGUCCGACUGCCAGUGGAAAGACAGCGCUACUGCUCGCAGUUUUGGGUGAGAUGACCACGCUGGAGGGACGCAUCUUGAUGUCCAAGAAUGCGCACAAAGUCGACGCCUUCGGAAACAUGCAGACGAUUUCUUAUGCUGCGCAGUCCCCCUGGCUCAGACACCAGUCUAUCAAGGACAACAUUCUCUUCGGGUAUCCCCUAGACGCGGAGCGCUACGAGCAGGUCAUCGAAGCUUGUGCUCUCCGGACUGAUCUGAACAUGCUGGAGGAUGGCGAUGCCACUGAGAUUGGAGAAAAGGGUGUUUCGCUUUCCGGUGGUCAGAAAGCCCGGGUCGCUCUCGCUCGUGCAGUCUAUGCCAGAACCCAGUAUGUGUUGCUCGACGAUCCAUUGUCAGCCGUCGACAGCCACACGGCUCAAACGUUGUUCGAAAAGUGUCUGACUGGACCCCUUCUCGCCAACCGCACGGUAGUUUUGGUCACCCAUCACGUCGAGUUGGUGUUGCCCGGGGCGCAUUAUCUUGUCCGCAUGCUCGAUGGACGAGUUGACACUCAUGGGACAGUGAAGGAUCUGCGAGCUCAAGGUCUGCUCGA